UAAACUACUCGAAAUCAAAAUUCCCUCUAUCGUUGCUUCCCUCGAUAUUCGUCAAAUUCGAUAUUGUCGUCGCCCUACCGUUUUCUUCUGAAUCAACCUCCAUUCAGUCUCCAAUCCUUAGAUUUCCCGUUGUUUCUGUGUUUCGAUUCGUUGGUUUUUCCUUUUUGGUCUCGAAUUGUGUGUUGUAUUCGGUUUUUCUAGAAACCCUAACCCUAGUCUGUGUCUCUCUCGAAGAAUAUGUGCUGCCGCCACCGGUUGAACUCGAGCCAUAAUCGGCUUUGAAUCCUUCGUAUUUUUUGUUCGACGAUUGUGGAAGCUUUCUCCUGGGGGUUACGAAUAUUGCUGCAAACUGUGGCUAGAACUGCUUGUAUUUUGAGAUGGCUGACCAGCGGAAUGUUAAUGGCCAACCGCCGAAUGGGAAGACAACUGGGGCGGGGAAUGCUUAUUCAAUAGAUGUGGAGAACUUUAGAACACGAUUGAAGGCCCUCUAUUCACACUGGAAUGGACAUAAAGCUGACUUAUGGGGUUCCUCUAAUGUCCUUGCAAUAGCAACUCCGCCACCUUCAGAGGAUCUGCGGUACCUGAAGUCCUCGGCUCUGAACAUUUGGUUGUUGGGUUAUGAGUUUCCGGAGACAAUAAUGGUUUUCACCAGGAAACAAAUCCAUUUUUUGUGCAGCCAGAAGAAAGCCUCUCUUCUCGAAGUUGUGAAAAAGACUGCAAAGGAAGCUGUUGGGGUAGAGGUUGUCAUGCAUGUGAAGGCAAAGAAUGAUGAUGGAACUGCUCUAAUGGAUGCUAUAUUUCGUGCAGUCCGUGCUCAUUCGAGUGAUGACAUUGUUGUGGGAUACAUUGCAAGAGAGGCUCCUGAAGGGAACCUUCUGGAAAGAUGGGCUGAGAAAUUAAACAAUGGUGGAUUUGUGCUUGGUGAUGUGACCAAUGGUUUGUCUGACUUGUUUGCUGUCAAGGAUGCUGGUGAGCUUUUAAAUGUGAAGAAGGCUGCUUUUUUGGCUUAUAAUGUGAUGAACAAUGUUGUGGUUCCAAAGCUUGAGAAUGUUAUUGACGAGGAGAAGAAAGUCACCCAUUCUUCAUUGAUGGAUGAGACAGAGAAGGCCAUACUCGAACCAUCUAAAGCUAAGGUGAAACUGAAAGCAGAGAACAUUGAUAUAUGUUACCCUCCAAUAUUUCAGAGUGGAGGAGAGUUUGAUCUCAGGCCAAGUGCUGCAAGCAAUGAUGAGUAUCUGUACUAUGAUUCUGCCAGUGUGAUCAUUUGUGCUGUUGGAUCUCGAUAUAGCAGUUACUGCUCAAAUAUUGCAAGGACUUUUUUGAUUGAUGCGAAUCCGCUGCAGAGCAAGUCAUAUGAAGUCCUUCUCAAGGCCCAUGAAGCAGCAAUUUCUGCACUAAAGCCUGGGAACAAGAUCAGUGCUGCAUAUCAGGCUGCACUUUCCGUAAUUGAGAAGGAAGCUCCUGAGUUGGUUCCCAAUCUGACAAAAUCUGCUGGGACUGGCGUUGGUCUUGAGUUUCGUGAGUCAGGCUUGAAUAUAAAUUCCAAGAAUGAUAGAGUGGUGAAGGCAAAAAUGGUUUUUAAUGUUUCACUUGGUUUUCAGAAUUUGCAGAGUCAGACCAAAAAUCCAAAAACCCAGAAUUUUUCACUGUUACUGGCAGAUACUGUUAUCAUUGGUGACCAAAACCCAGAGGUUGUAACUUCCAAGAGUUCUAAAGCUGUUAAAGAUGUAGCUUACUCAUUCAAUGAGGAUGAUGAGGAAGAAGAAAAACCUAAAGCAAAGCCAGAAGCUAAUGGGUCAGAGGCUUUCAUGUCAAAGACAACUCUGAGAUCAGAUAAUCACGAAAUUACAAAGGAGGAGCUACGGAGGCAGCAUCAGGCAGAACUUGCUCGCCAAAAGAAUGAAGAAACUGCACGGCGUCUUGCUGGUGGAGGAAGUGGUGCAGGGGAUAGCCGUUCUUCUGCGAGGACUUCAGCUGAUUUGGUUGCCUAUAAGAAUGUAAAUGACCUUCCCCCUCCAAGGGAUUUGAUGAUUCAGAUCGACCAGAAAAAUGAGGCUGUUAUUUUGCCUAUCUAUGGAAGCAUGGUCCCUUUUCAUGUUGCUACCGUGAGAACAGUCUCCAGCCAGAGUGACACAAAUCGAAAUUGCUAUAUACGCAUCAUUUUUAACGUACCUGGGACUCCUUUUAAUCCUCAUGAUGCUAACUCCCUGAAAUACCAAGGUGCUAUAUAUCUGAAAGAGGUUUCAUUUCGCUCCAAGGACCCAAGGCACAUAAGUGAAGUGGUUCAGCAGAUAAAAACUCUUAGACGACAAGUCAUGGCCAGGGAGUCUGAGAGGGCCGAAAGGGCAACACUGGUUACUCAGGAGAAGCUGCAACUUGCAGGAAACAGAUUCAAACCAAUAAGGUUGACUGAACUUUGGAUCCGUCCUGUCUUUGGUGGUCGUGGAAGAAAGAUUCCUGGUACACUUGAAGCUCAUGUAAAUGGGUUCAGGUAUUCUACCACUAGACCUGAGGAGCGAGUGGACAUCAUGUUUGCAAACAUCAAGCAUGCAUUUUUCCAGCCUGCGGAGAAGGAGAUGAUUACUCUUCUUCAUUUCCAUCUGCAUAAUCACAUCAUGGUUGGAAACAAGAAGACCAAGGAUGUGCAGUUUUAUGUUGAGGUGAUGGAUGUGGUGCAGACGCUGGGAGGCGGAAAGAGGUCAGCCUAUGACCCAGAUGAGAUUGAAGAAGAGCAGCGAGAAAGGGAUAGGAAGAACAAAAUCAACAUGGACUUCCAGAGCUUUGUGAGUCGAGUAAACGAUCUAUGGGGCCAGCCCCAAUUUAAUGGGCUUGACCUUGAGUUUGACAUGCCCCUUAGGGAACUUGGUUUCCAUGGGGUGCCGCACAAGGCCUCAGCUUUCAUUGUUCCAACUUCAAGCUGCCUGGUAGAGUUAGUAGAGACUCCUUUCCUUGUGAUCACACUGAGCGAGAUUGAGAUUGUGAACCUGGAGAGAGUUGGUCUUGGGCAGAAAAAUUUUGAUAUGACAAUUGUUUUUAAGGACUUCAAGCGUGAUGUACUUAGGAUUGACUCCAUUCCUUCAACAUCACUUGAUGGCAUCAAGGAAUGGCUUGAUACAACGGAUAUCAAGUAUUAUGAAAGCAGAUUGAAUUUGAACUGGAGGCAGAUUCUGAAAGCAAUUACAGAUGAUCCACAGAGCUUCAUAGAUGACGGUGGUUGGGAAUUUCUGAACUUGGAAGCUAGUGAUUCAGAUUCUGAGAAGUCAGAGGAGUCGGACCAUGGUUAUGAGCCAUCAGAUUUGGAGGUUGUCUCCGAAUCAGAAGAUGAUGCUUCUGACAGUGAAUCCUUGGUGGACUCUGAAGAUGAGGCGGAGGAAGACUCAGAAGAAGACUCCGAGGAAGAAAAAGGUAAGACAUGGGAGGAGUUGGAGAGGGAAGCCAGCAAUGCCGACAGGGAGAAAGGAGAAGAUUCAGAUAGUGAGGAUGAGAGAAAGAGAAGGAAGGCAAAGGCAUUUGGGAAGUCUAGAGCCCCUUCUAGUAGCAGCCUCUCCAAGUCAUUUGGGAAGUCUCGAGCCCCUCCUAGUAGCAGCCUCUCCAAGCGUCCCAAAUUGAGGAGAUAGCUUUUGACAGGAGAGAUCUCUCAGCGUAUUCGUUAAUUGCAACUAUGGUAUUCUUGAAACAAAAGCCUUGUCAGAAUCCGUAGAAACUAGCACCCGUCUCUCCUUUUCCCUCUUUUUUUGGCCAUGUUGUGCAGCUAAUUCUGCUGCUACAGAUGUAACAGAACUCAGUUCCAUAACUAAGCUUUGAAAUUGUUAUUUAAUAGUUUUGGGUGGAGGUUUUGUCUCUCUAGCGUUUGGCACUAAUUAGGCUUCCUGGAAGAACGGAUGCGUGGUUUUAAAUUGCAGCCAUUUGUUUUAUUGGAAUUUGGAAGUAAAGUCCUCUUGUUUACACGCA